ACAUAUUUGUACACAAACACGCCCUAAGCACAUUAGCUGCAGCACAUUAAUCGCAACUAGAGAGGGCGAGAGAGAUGGAAGGACUAACAGAAGAGGAAAAGAAGGCCCUGAGAGGAAGCAAAUUCGCUCCUCUACCGAAUGCACCCAAUCAAACCCGACCCAAUCCCAGCAGUGGUGUGUUGAAUGCACACCCUGGGGGGCCAUUGAAGACGAACAAGGCAGCUGCUUUGGCUAAAUUUCUGGAAAGAAAGCUUCAGGAGCCAAAUGGGUUGGCUUCUGUGGAUCCAAGGCUUGUUGAAUUAGCUGUGAAGAAUGCCAAACAGACUGUUCAAUGCAGUGGAACUUCAACAUCAGGAAGAGUAAUUCAUCAUGUGGAUUCUUUUGGAGACCUUGAGGACUCCGAUGGAGAAGAAAAAACUGAAGCCUAUGUGUCAAAGAGGCAGAAGAAAAAGAGAAAGAAGCAAAAGAAACAAAAGAAAAAGGAGUUGGAUAGCUCAAUUACGGAUAUAUCAGAAGCACAAAAAAAGAAGCUGAAACUAUGACACUCUCAAAAUUUAUCAGGUCUUAGAUUCUCCACACCCACCAGCUUUUAAAAGCGAUGUUUUUUAAACUCAAUUAGUAUGUUGGGGUCGACAGAAAGCAUAGAUAAUUUUUCUUGUUUGUAUCCAUUUUCCUCUUUUUGUUCAUACUUUCCUUUACGAAAUCUAGUUUAUCCCACAUUUAUUCGUUCCUAUUUUACUUGGUGGAGAGGUGUAUUCCACAUUGAUAAGAUCAAGUUGAUAAAUCUAGUCAAUUGAGCGUAGCGUCCUACUUGCUUUCCUCGACAACGAUGUCAAAUUUGUUGUAGCAAAUAUUAUUUUACCGAGUACGGAUUGAAUACUGACCUCAGAUCAAUCUCGCGAGG